AUAUCAGAGCUCUAGAGUCACGAUCCGUUACCACUCGCUUGGCGUGGGCAGCGGCGAGAGGAGGCGGAAGGACGCCGCCCUACUAGGUCGCCACCGCAUUCGACUCGCGCCAUGGCGAGGAGGGAGAAGAGGAGGGGUGCACCGCCGCUAGAAGGCGACGAGCAGCGGCUGCGGCGGAGGCAGGAGGAGGCGGGGCUCCUCCUCCUCAGGAUCAGAGGGCUCGUGCGCUGGGUCGUCGAGGGGGUCGCCACCGGCCGCUCCCCGUCCAUCGUGCUCCACCGGUACCGGAACUACUGCUCGGCCGCCGACGCUGCGUCCCCAUCCCAUUGUGACUGCAGCUACGACGCCCCCGUCGGCACAGACGUCCUCUCCCUGCUCCACAAGGACUGCCACACCUCUCGCCUCAAUGUGCUCCUGAGGGUGCUUCUCGUGGUGCAGCAGCUCCUGCAGCAGAACAAGCACUGCUCCAAGAGGGACAUCUACUACAUGUACCCCUCCAUUUUCGUAGAAGUAGCUGUUGUUGACCGUGCCAUCAAUGAUAUCUGCAUACUCUUCAAGUGCAGUCGGCACAAUCUCAAUGUGGUUCCUGUAGUGAAAGGUUUGGUGAUGGGCUGGAUAAGAUUUGAGGAGGGUGAAAAAAAAGUGUAUUGCAUAACAAACGUCAAUGCUGCUUUCUCCAUCCCUGUUAGCAUUGAGGCAAUCAAAGUGAGCUGGUGUCUUUUUCGUUCUUUUCCUCUUGCAGAUGUUAUUAGUGUUGCUCAGUACAUACUUGUAGUUGAGAAGGAAACAGUGUUCCAGCGUUUGGCCAAUGACAAGUUCUGUGAAAGAAAUCGCUGCAUUGUUAUUACAGGAAGAGGCUACCCAGAUAUUCCAACAAGGAGAUUCCUGCGAUACCUUGUUGAACAGCUGCAUCUACCUGCUUAUUGCUUAGUGGACUCAGACCCUCAUGGUUUCGACAUUCUGGCCACAUAUAAAUUUGGUUCCUUGCAAUUGGCAUAUGAUGCAAACUUGCUGCGUGUACCUGAUAUACGGUGGCUUGGGGUUUUCACAUCUGACUUUGAGGAUUUUUGCCUUCCAGACUGCUGCCUGCUUCAUUUGUCACCUGAAGAUAGGAGGAAAGCUGAAGGUAUUCUUGCCAGGUGCUAUUUACACAAGGAAGCCCCAGAAUUGAGGUCAGAGUUGGAAGCGAUGUUACAAAAGGGUGUCAAGUUUGAGAUUGAGGCACUAUCCGCAAGCUCCAUUUCAUUUUUAUCCGACAAAUACAUCCCUGAGAAGAUCAAACAAGGAAGGCAUUUAUAAGAUUGGAUGGACAUACUCUGUACCCGUCCAGAAUGUGCCAGUUUUACAAAAUAGGAUAUUCCUUCGUUUGACUAUAGUUAUGUACUUGUGUUACCGGACUGUAGUUUUGUAUAGUAGUUACAUGUCUUACCAUGUAAAUAAACAUAUCUUUUAAGUUGAAUAAAAUUGUAUAAAUAGAUGUGAUUAAAUUUCUCACAAAAAAGUUGACAGUUUAUACGA